UCACUCUAUAGAGAAUAUAUUAGCAAAGCAAAGGAAAUUCUCCCAUUUACACACUUGCCAGGCAGGCCAAAUUAAAAUAAUAGAAAUUCAAAGUACCCAAUACCAAAAUGAGUGAGCAUCCAGUGCCCUCCAAAAACACCUCCGAUAGGGCCAUUCCGCUGGGCAGCUCCUUCUUCGAUGUGCUAUGGCCGUUGAUCCUGGACGAGAACGUCUGCCGCAUUGAGAGCAAGGCGGAGGAGAACUUCGUGCCCAAGGAGCCCUUCAAUCGACUGGAGUGGCACACCUACCUGGCCCAGGUGGGCUAUCCAUUCUACAUGCCGCCACACGAGCUGCGAUGCUGUGAAGGAGCCCGCCGACAGGAGUUUGAGGAGGAGGAGGCGGAAAAGGCCUUGAACAAGGAGGUGGAGGAGCGAAGGGGUCCCGCGGAGGGUGACUUCCUGUGCCGCGGAUCCCAGGCCAUUCGCCCCAUCGAUAAGGAGGUGGUGCACCUGAGAAUGGAACAAGAACGACGGCAAAAGCUUGCAUACGACUUUGCCAAUCGCCGAUAUCCCUGGACCAUGCAGACUCCAAGCCACGAAUUGGGUUUCACCCUCACCGAGGAACUGCAGAAGUGCUUCAAGGGACCCAUGGAACUGGACAUACUAAACGCCAUUCACGACUUUGACUGCAAGCUAAUGAUUAUCGAUCUGGGUCCCGAGGUGGACAUUAGGGAUUGCCAGCGCUGGAUCAAGUUUCGUCCCUACAUCCAGUUGCUGGCCUUGGUUAGGACCCCUCGCAUGGAUCGAUCCCUGCAACUGCUCAAUGUCUUCCACACGCUCCUCGUGGAGGAGUCGGCUGAUAACUCCUGGGAUGAUGAGCUGCAAUGCUCUGUUCGCACUGGCUAUAGGUAUGCCCAGAAAAUUCAGCUUCUCAAAACCUGCGGUGAACCACUUGUCUUCGUCUUCAGCCGGUUUCGCGGCAUCUGCACCUGUGAUAACUUUAAAAUAAUCCGUAGGGCCUAGAAUGGGAACUCUUAAUUUAUUGGAUGCCACUUGCUACCAAAUUUACUUAAAAA